AUGUGGGACAUUAAGGACUACGCUCUGGAGUUCAGAGUAACCAUUCUUGUCCUGACGACUUGCUUGACCAACUUUGCGCUCCAAAGUCUGACAAAUUGGGCCCGUCAAGCAUUUCGCACCACCGAUCAAUUCGCCAAAUAUUUCUAUCGCGACCACCAUGGCGAGAGUAAACUCGAAGAUGUGCAGGCCACUACUAGGUGGAAACAGCGUGUUAUGAUUACCCUCUUGACAACCAGCGCAGCGGCCAUUUCGUUAUCACGGGCUGUCAUCGUCUCGCCAGGGAAGGAAUGGCUACACUUUAGCAUUUUGCUCUUCUUGCUCAUUGAAAGUGUCGCCUUACUUCUGGAGUCGCAUUGUACUGUGCGCUACUCCCUGGCCUUGCGAUUGAGUCUUAGUUGUGUACUGGGGCUGGUUUCUCUCGCAUUCGAGAUUUAUGCACCCCACCCUUCCGAUCUAGAAAACCUCCAACGAAGACUGGUCGGUGCAGAAUGUUUCUGUCACCUCGCUACGGCGGCUCUCUGCUUGCUCUUUCCUCGCCGCCCCGAUGUCCACCACAACGACAUUAUGGUCGACCGCGAACUUUCUACCUCGGUUCUCAGCCGUAUUACAUUCAGCUGGGCCAGUAAUGUUAUCCACCUUACCCAUCAGGAAAAGGAACUCGAUCCAACUCAGCUUCCAGGGUUAGACUACAGCACGCGAUCGCAGAGUCUCCGAGAAUCGUUUGCGGAGGCCAAAGGCGCAGUCACGACCAAAAUGCCAUGCGGUUGUACAAUGCCGGUACCGAUGUGGAAGAUACUAGUGCAAUCCAAUCGUACAUAUCUCACCUUGGCAGCGAUGCUGUGCUUGCCCCUGGCGCUGCUUUCUUUCGCGCCGCAUAUGGCGUUGUUGCAUAUCCUGCAAGUCUUGGAAUCCGAUCCGCCUGAAAAGAAUAGUUCCCUGCAGUUGGGAGUAUGGGGAGUUUUAUUAGGCCUGGCAAUUGUUUGCUCCUCUGCUUUUGAGCAGUGUGUAAACUGGAUUGCAUUCAAUAAGAUCUCUGUCCGAAUGAUCGAGCAGAUAUCUAUAAUGGUUUUUGACAAGGCAAUGCGCCUAACUGGGUCCAGGAGCUCCGAUAAAAGCAAAGACGAGAGCGGCGAUGACGAAGACUGCAGCGCUAAGAGUACAAUUAAUUUGGUUGCAGUUGAUGGCAAGCGAAUCGGUCGGUUUGCCACCUACGCCUUUCAUUUGGUGCUUGCUCCCUUGAGGCUGAUCAUUGCUUCUGUUAUGUUGAUGAAAAUCCUUGGCUGGCAAAGCUUAGCGGCAGGUCUUGCAUGUAUCGCCGUUCUGAUGCCGAUGAUCAUUCCUGCGGUCGCAGACAAGAGGAUGGCUAUUCUCACUGAGGUGCUGCACGCAAUUCGUCAAAUCAAAUUUUCUGCACUGGAAGAUAAAUGGUUAGAUAAAAUAAGCUUGGUGAAAAAGGAAGAGCUGUCAGGUCAGCGACGGAUCUUUAUUGCGAAUUCUGGCAUCAUGUCCUUCUACAUACUUGCCCCAAUCGUGCUGUCUGUCGCUUCAUUGGGCGUCUAUGCCAAUCUGCACAAUGGGCUGACGGCUUCCGUCACUUUCACUGCUACUUCAAUCAUGGGUUCUAUAACAAUAUCGUUGAGUGUGCUUCCGACUUUACUCUCGAAUGCGUUGGACACUUUGAUCAGCACACGCCGCCUGGAUGAAUAUUUUCGCACUCCCGAAAAGAUGCCAAAUAUAACUCCAUCCGACACUAUUGGCUUCCAGAAUGCCACAAUUACCUGGCCGGGGGCUUUAACAUCUCAAAUAUCUCCCUGGUUCUUGAGGGACCUUGAUCUGGAGUUUCCCCGGGGCAAAUUAAGUCUGAUUUCCGGGCGAACGGGAUCGGGCAAGAGGCAGGUAAUGGCCCCUCUUCAACCGCAUCCUGAGAUUAUCUGGCGUACAUACGCAUCUGGUGGAGACUGGCUCUUGGACUCCGUCACGGCGUACGUGGCUCAGAUACCAUGGAUUGAAGCAGCAACUAUCAAGCAGAACAUUCUGUUUGGACUUCCAUUUUGUGAAAAGCGGUAUAGGGAUGUACUAUACGCAUGCGCCCUGGUAAAGGACCUGGAAAUCUUCCCUGACGGCGAGCGAACUGAAGUUGGCCCCGACGGAGUGAACUUGAGUGGUGGACAAAAAGCCCGCAUUUCCCUCGCAAGAGCGUUAUAUUCCCGUGCUGGUACUUUGUUGUUGGAUGAUAUAUUUAGCGCGGUUGACGUUCAUACCGCGCAACAUUUGUACAAGCAUGCACUGACCGGACCUUUGGCUGCGGGUCGAACCCGAAUUCUCACCACGCAUCACAUCAGUAUUUGCUUGCCCCAAACUGAAUAUAUCGUUCAUUUGGAAGAUGGCGCGGCUGAAUUCACUGGUGCGGCUGCUCAAUUACACGAUAGUGGAAUGCUCGACAGUCUACUGCGUUCUUGCAACCCAGAUGAAAAUCUAGAUGAAAACGGAGAGGUGACAUUGGAAGAUGUGCCUUCGGUUCCCCUCGAGCACUUUGAUGAGCCUGCUCGACCUACUACGUCACAGAGCAGCCGCUUAAUUGACCAUGCACCACGAACAUUUGUUCAAAAGGAGCGAGGCAAGACGAACAAGUCCUCUCUGCGGCUUUCUAUCCAGUAUAUGAAAGCAAGUGGUAGAUGGUGGCUAUGGGCUCUAGUCGUCGCUGCUAGUGUGUCUUAUAUGCUUCUUAUACUCGCAAGAAGUUGGUGGCUACGUGUCUGGAACAACCAUGAUACCGAGACCGCCCUCAAUGCACCAAACAUGGUAUUGGGGAAUUUGAAGUUUUAUUUUGGCAUCUACGUGGCUUUUUCUAUGUGCGAGUGGCUCGUCGGAUCAACCGUAAACUUUAUUGUUUUCCUUCUCGCACUCCGUGCAUCAGAGCGUCUCUUCCGACAGUCUCUACGCGGCGUACUCAGCGCACCCCUCCAAUGGCUUGAUGCAGUCCCCGUUGGUCAGAUUUUGAAUCGUUUCUCAGCUGACUUAAACGUCGUCGACUAUCAGAUAUGUCUCGAUCUGAUCAACAUGCUCGCCGCCGGCCUGGAAUCUUGCAGUGUGGUUGUCGCCGGUAUUAUCGUGAACCCUCUGUUGAUCAUCCUCAUCAUUCCCUUGCGUCAGCAUGCUUCAAUAUUUGAGAAAUUCAACACAUCGCUCACUGGCCUUUGGACAAUCCGGGCCUAUGGAAAGUCGGAAAUCUAUAUUGAGCAAAUGCAGCAAGUUGUGGAUAGUCACGCUCGAGCAUACUGGCAUCAGUGGCUGUUAACACGCUGGUUCGGAACGAGAAUCAACAUUAUCGGGGCGAUCUUUGCAACAUGUGUUGCCCUUUUAGUUACGAGUCAAAAUGGGGCGGAUGCGUCUGCGGCGGGCUUUGCGAUCGGAUUUACGAUCCAGCUGAACAGUGCCAUCACUCUGCUAACUCAGGUCUACGCUGCUUUGGAACUGGAUUUGAAUUCCCUCGACCGCGUCCUGGAGUACUCUGAUGUGGAGCCAGAACAGUACGACGGCAUUGAUCCGCCCGCCGUGUGGCCAACUGAGGGCCGAUUGGAUAUAACCGACCUGGCAGUGCAGUACGAAUCUGACUUACCGCCUGUUCUUUGUGGUCUUAAUAUAGCCAUUGAGGGAAAUCAACGUGUCGGUAUCGUUGGUCGAACUGGGGCAGGCAAGUCAUCGCUGGCGCUAGCUCUCUUCCGAUUCCUGGAAGCCAGCCAGGGCAAGAUUAUUAUUGAUGGACUCGACAUUGCCAAGAUUAACCUGACCCAUUUGCGUCGCCGACUGGCCAUCAUCCCACAAAAUCCAGUGUUAUUCUCAGGGACUGUUCGAUCCAAUCUGGAUCCAUUCCAGGAACAUGAUGAUAGCGAACUUCUCUCUGCUCUGGCGGAGGUGCGGUGCACGCCCUCUACGGCAAAAUUCCCAUUAUCAGAGCUCGAAAUGCCCAUUUCUGAGGGUGGUAUGAAUCUCUCUCAAGGCCAGCGUCAGCUCCUUUGCCUCGCCCGUGCGAUUGUUUCCAAUCCAAAAAUUCUCAUGCUGGACGAAGCCACUUCUUCGCUCGAUCAUGCAACGGAUGAGAAGAUUCAGCAGGCGGUACGGGAAAGAUUUGGACGUGGUUCUUCAACCCUCCUAGUGAUUGCCCACCGCUUGAGCACGAUUGCUGAUUUUGAUCAUAUCUUGGUCUUAGACCGUGGCGUGGCGGCGGAAUUUGGGCCUCCUCGAGACUUGAUAAACCUUGAGAAUGGCAUCUUUCGGGCAAUGGUAGACAAAGAUUCAGACAGAGAUGAAUUGCUUCGGAUCAUUUCAGGAUAA